AUGGUUUCAAAUCACGGCGAGUCAAGCCAAGGUGGAGAAAAGGCCAAGCUGAAUGUGCUGUUCUGCUGUUUGGGCAACAUCUGUCGGUCACCUAUGGCGCUGGCUGUGUUUGAACACACCGCAAACAUGGCUGGUGUACGCUCACAUUUUGGCAUCCUCGACUCGUGCGGUACGGCUGCCUACCAUACAGGCGAAGAACCGGACGAACGAACCACGCAACUUUGCCAACGACGCAACAUCCCUAUCGACCUCAACAACACCGCGCGCGCCAUCACGCGCGACGACUUUUUCACCUUUGACGUCAUCUUCGGAAUGGACACCAACAACGUCCGCAACCUCAAAAGCAUCCAACCCCCCGCCUCGAAAGCCCAUGUCCGCCUCUUUGGCCAUGUAGACGACAACCAACCCGUAGCAGACAGCUACUACACAGGCGACUUUGAAACCACAUACAAACAAGUCCUUCGCUACUCUCAUGCCUACCUCGCCGAACUAGGCCUGACAAAGGCAAAAUCCUAA